AUGGUCAGUAUGGAUAUCGUUUAUCCCCCUUGGUUUUCGUUCUCCAUAAAUUCUACUUCAGCUCUUCCAAAAUAUUCAGGAACACAGAUAACCUGCGAAUGGGAAUUAAAGAUAUCUAUAAUCUACCAUGGAGCGGAGGACCAAUACAGCAACGAUGGGCGCGUACACAUCUGGUACAACCCAUUUUUUGUACUCCAUAGUUUAAGCACGGCAUCCCCAAAAUAUAAAACGCAUCAAAGAGAUUAUGUAACAGAACGUCUUGAUCACCAAUACAUGGCUCGAAUAAGUCAAGAAAAAAUAAAGAAUCAGUUUAUGGACGAAUCAAAGGUCUAA